AUGGCGGCGGACCACCUGGCGGAGUCGCUGCACGCCGCCGCUCCCGACGCCACGGCCGCGCUCGCCGCCGGCCCCACGCCGGCGCUCGUGGCGCUCGUGUCGCUGGCGGUGCUCGUGUCGUCGCUCGCGCUCUUCGUGCUGCGCCACCGCGCCGCCUCGUUGUCCAAAGCACCAGUCGCCGCGGGGCCCGGCGGCGGCAGCAAGUACCAGCCGCUCGCUACAAAGGAUGUAGCGGCGGUGGCGGCGUCGAAUGGCGAGGAGCGGACGGGCGAGGGGGAUAAGGCGGAGCGCGACGAGGGGAAGGUGGCGAUCGGAAUUCUGUUCGGCACGCAGACGGGCACGUCCGAGGGAUUCGCCAAGACACUCGUGUCGGAGCUGCAGCACCACUUCGCAUCGCACUGCACCGUGGAGCUCAGCAGCCUGGAUGAUCUAGCGGAGGACAGCGAUGGCUUCACAGCGAGGCUCAACGCCUUCCACGCCGCGUUCUUCCUGGUCGCCACCUACGGCGAUGGAGAGCCAACGGACGAUGCGCAGCGCUUCUUCAAGUGGCUGCACGCCGCCGCUGCUGAUGCAGAGGCUCAGGACGACAACCCCUUGCCUCUGGAGGGGCUGCGCUUUGCUGUCUUUGGGCUGGGCAAUCGGCAGUACGAGCACUUCAACCUGAUGGGCAAGAUGCUUGACAAGCACCUCGCUGCACUAGGCGCCCAGCGCGUGGCGGACGUGGGGCUGGGGGACGACGACCAGUGCAUAGAGGACGACUUCAAGGCCUGGCGGGCAGGGCUGUGGAAGGGCUUCGAGUCGAUCGUGCUGGGGCGGGGGGCUGGGGGCGACGGGCAGCAGGGCGAGGGGACAGCGGGGGAGUGGGAGGAGGAGGAGGAGGAGGUGGGGGAGUACCUUGUCAAGUUCCACAGCAGGGGGGGGCAGGCAGGGGCUGCUGGGGAGAAGGGGGAGAUGAAUGGGGAGGUGAAUGGGACGGUGAAUGGGGAGGUGAAUGGGACAAUGAAUGGGGAGAUGAAGGGAGAGUUGCAUGGGAAGAUGGAUGAUGGGGAGGAGGAGAAGGAGGUGACUGGCGUGGCGGGGCAUGUGAAGGGCGUGGCGGGGCAUGUGAAGGGCGGGGAGAAGGAGCAGCAGCACAUGAGCAUGGGGGAGGCCAUUGCUGCAGUGGGGUGGCACUCGCACAGCAUUGGCAGGGCGCGGGUGGCAGUUGUGAGGGAGCUGCAGGCGUCCAACUCAGACCGAUCCACACUGCACGUGGAGCUCGACCUCUCAACCUGCCCCCACCUGCAGUACGAGGUGGGCGACCACGUGGCAGUGUUUCCUGAGAACAGCGAUGCUGACGUGGCAGCAGUGGCCAAGUGUCUGGGAGUGGAACUGGAUGACGUCAUCUCCCUGCACCUGCCGUCGCCCUCGUCCUCCCUGCCACCCCCCCCUCCCGGCCGCCACUCCAUCCGCUCCGUGCUCGCCUCGCUGCCCGACCUCCACUCCUCGCCGCGCAAGGCAGCGCUGGCAGUGUUGGCGCGCUUUGCCUCCCACCCCGACGAGGCGGCGCGUCUCAAGCACCUUGCCAGCCACGGGGGCAAGGCGGAGUACCGAGAGUGGGUGGCAGCGGCGCACCGCUCGCUGCUGGAGGUGCUGCAGGCCUUCCCCUCCGCGCGCCCGCCCCUCGCUGUCUUCCUCGCAUCCGUUGCGCCUCGCCUGCAGCCCCGCUUCUACUCCAUCUCCUCCCACCCCAGGUGCCCCUCUCUCCCACCCCAGGUGCCCCUCUCUCCAUGCGUUACCUCCCUGCUGAGUGUUUUCAUGCAACCUGCCGCACGGCCCACGUCGUGCCCACUUACAUCCCUCUCUCCACACACCUGCACUCUUGUGCUCACCCCGCUUGACUGCCUGCUGCCACUUGCCAUCGUCGCUACCUCACCCGGCGCGCUGUGUUGUGCCCCCAGGCACGCGCCAGGCGCACUGCACAUAACGUGCGCGGUGGUGACGGACGUCACCCCAGCAGGCCGCAUCCACCACGGCGUCUGCUCCUCCUUCCUGCACCGCCACCUCCCCCUCCCCCUGCCCACCCCCGCCUCCGCCUCUCUCACCCCCUCAUCUCCCGUGCUGCUGCCGGCGUUCAUCCGCUCGUCGCACUUCCGCCCGCCCACCGACCCCACGCGCCCCAUCGUCAUGGUCGGCCCCGGCACCGGCCUCGCACCCUUCAGGGCCUUCCUGCAGCACCGAGCAUUGCAGCAGAAGGGCGGGCAGCAGCUGGGGGAGGCUCUUCUGUUCUUCGGGUGCCGCCACCGCGACCAGGACUACAUAUACCGCGAGGAGCUAGCAGCAUACGAGGAGAGCGGCGUGCUGUCAGCGCUGCACGUGGCCUUCUCCCGCGACGGGCCCUCCAAGGUCUACGUGCAACACCUGCUCAAGCGACAGGCGGAGAGGGUGUGGCAGGUGGUGGGUCAGGGGGGAGGCAGUGUGUACGUGUGUGGCGAUGCCAAGGCAAUGGCUAGGGACGUGCACCAUGCGCUGCUCGAGAUUGCAGUGGAGCAGGGCAAAAUGGCGGAGGAGGAGGCAGUAGCAUUGCUGGAUGGUCUAGCAGAGCAGGUGCCCAUCCAUCCGUCCAUGCCUCCGUGCAAAUCGUCCAAAUCCAUUCCGCACUCACACCCCGCCCUCCCGAAUCUCGACCUCUUCAUGCUCGUGCAUAGCCCAUUACCCUCAUUCACCCUUAACAUUUCCUUCCACGGUUCCAAAUCUCUGCUGCCCGUCGCCCCAUCGCUCUCGCCGUCCUCGCGCCCACUCAUAUCUCCAACCCGCACCGCCGGGACUCUCCAUUUCCGCCUCCGGCCCGCCGCGCGUCCGCUCUCCCCCAUGGCGACUCUUCACGUUUCGCCACUCACCGCGCGGCGCCUGUCGCUCGCCGGGCUCGCGCUCUGCGCGCUCCUCGCCGCCGCCCUCUUCCGCCCCGCCCUCUCCCGCGCAUCCCUGCCCGUCGCGCGCGGGCGAGCGCUGGAGGAGGAGGACGAGCGGGAGGAGAGCAGCGAUGACGGCGGAAGCACGGAUCGGCUGCGCUCGCAGGGAAAGUUGCGCGCGCAUUGGAGCGCGGAGGGGGAGGACGAGGUGCAUGGCGACUCGUCGCACGACGACCAUGACGGUGACGAUGGUGGCGACGAUGGCGACGAUGGUGACGAUGGCGACGACCAUUCGCGCGACCACGACGGAUCCGGGGUGUCCUCGUCGCCGUCCGCGCCCUCCCCGCGCCCCACCACCCCGUCCGGCCCCGCCGUCUCCCCGCCGUCCUCCCUCUUCCCGUCGCUGACGUGCCCGCCUGGCGCGGGGCAUUGCGAGUUCGCGGGGACGGCGGGGUGCAGCCCCGCGCGCAUCUUCUGCAACGGCUCCUGCUGCAUCGACGACCACCACUACCCCUGCUGUGGCGGCAAGGUGUGCUGCGAGCGCCGCCCCGGCGCGUGCUGCAGGAACCAGCGUGGACAGCCCCACUGCUGCCGCUACCCCUCCACCUGCUGCCGCCACGGCUGCUGCGCCUUCUGA